CUGCUUCGAAAGGAAAGAAAGAUGGCAACCGGAAGUUUCAGUGACAUCUGCUGAAACCUCUUAAAUGUCUUCUGAUGUGUUCACAUUUGAAGUGUUUCAGUGUCAAAACAAAAAUUGUGCUCUCUCUAGGAAAAAUUGGUUUUGCCGUGAAAAAGUGUGAAAAAUCCAAGAAAAAUCCAUGUCUGAUGAAUAUUCCAUUGUUAUGUAUCAUGGUGAAUUUAACAACAGUCGCUGUGGAUACUGCAAAAAGACAAAUACCUGUAAUUCCCACGGUAUGACGGCACAUAUCAUGUCUGUAAAGGAUUACCAGGACCUCAUGGAUCGUGGAUGGAGACGGUCCGGUACCUUUUGCUACAAACCAACCAAUUCAACAACUUGCUGUCCCUCCUACACAAUCAGAUGCGACGCAUUAAACUUCAAAAUGUCCAAAUCGCACAAAAAGAUUAUCAAGCGAAUGAACAAGUUCCUUAGGGAUGGUGUUAAAGAAUCUGUGGAGAGAGAAUGUUCCCAAGAUGAGGAAUGUGAGAUGCCAAGUGAGCCACAUUUGGUCCAACCUGCUUGUACAGUACAGAUAGAUGUCAAUAGAAUAGUCAAUAAACUGCCCAGGGAGACAGUGAUGGAUCCAAGUGAAGCCUCUUCGAGUCAGGAAGUUCCUCAGGCGAAGGAAAGUGGCGAAAAUGCAAUGAAAAGUCCUUCAGGGCAGGAUACAUCGAAGCCACCGUGCAAAAAGGCCAAACUAUUGCGUAUUGAGAGGAAACAGGCAAAAAUGGCGCAAAGAGCAGCUGAAGGACUUCCAACGCAGAAUAAUAAACCUUUGAAGAAUGUUGAGAAGAGUCUUGAGGAUUUUCUGAGUGAACAGCCAAUUGAUGGAAAGCAUAAAUUGAAGGUGAAACUUAUUCCAUCGUCAAAGGGGGCCACAGAAGAAGCACUAGCACUCUAUCGAAAAUACCAAACUGUGAUCCAUCAUGAUCCUCCACACAAAAACACCAAGGAAUCUUUUAUUAGAUUCCUCUGUCGAUCACCAUUGCAGCUCAAAAUCAAUAAUACGUCUCCGGCUAAGGGAUAUGGAUCAUUUCAUCAGCAGUAUUGGUUGGAUGAUCGUUUAAUAGCUGUGGGUGUCAUUGACAUUCUGCCCUAUUGUGUCAGUUCCGUCUAUCUAUUCUACGAUCCUGAGUUCAGUUUUCUCUCUCUGGGCACGUACAGUUCUCUCAGGGAGAUUGCCUUCACGCGGGAACUUCAGAAAUCCUGUCCGGAUCUCAAAUACUACUAUAUGGGCUUUUAUAUUCAUUCGUGCCCAAAAAUGCGUUACAAAGGUAAACUGCAACCUUCCCAUCUUCUCUGCUCUGAGGUCUAUUCAUGGCAUGCUAUUACUGAAGAUCUCCUGAAGAAACUCGAUCGAUCGAAAUAUUCGAGAUUCAAUGAAGAUACUGAAGCCAGAGAUAAGGAUGAAUUUCAGCCAAGACAUUUGGAGAGCGUUGUUUGUCUCUACGAUAAAACUAUUAUGUAUUUCGAGAAUUACAUCAAUUUGCACGGAGGUGAUGAAGAAAGGCGACUUACUUUUGAGUAUGGAAGACUUGUUGGAAGAGCCUGUUCAAGGAGGAUUUUGCUUUACAAGAAUUGAUGACAAUGACGAUGUUUUCAAAGAGAGGCAAGCAAUAUAUAAAAAAAAGUCGUAUAGUUAAAAUAAAUUAAAAUUUAUUCGUUAAAUUAACAUCUCAUGUAGAGUUUAAAAAGUUUUUAAAUGCUGUUUAUGCGACAAAAUUGCUUUAGAAAAAUCUUGUUUUUUUUUUACUCGUUUAAUAACACAAAAAGUCCUAUUUCGCUUUCUUCCACAAUAUUGACUCCUUCAGCUCUCAAUGGAAAAAAAAAUAUUUGUGCGGAAAAUAGUGAAAAUUUUUUUUAGUCUCUUUAACUGUAAAAGUUGUGUAUAAAAUAUAUUUAUAUUUUCCAUCAA